ACCAUUUCUUACAAAUGAAAUCCUAUAUCUCUCUCACAAGAAAAUUUUAACAUGGUCUAAGCAUUCAGCAAUGAAUUUUGAAGAAUAUACAAACUGAUACAAAAGGGUGUUAGAAGCUUGAGAAAUGGCUGAGAAUGAAUGGCUAAAUGGUUAUUUGGAGGCUAUAUUGGACGUGGGAAGCAGCAUAAGGAAGAAAAAUGAUAGCAAGCUCAGAAUCACGAAGUUUGAAGAAGAUAAACAUCAGAGGGAAGAAAAGUUGUUUAAUCCCACAAUCAAGUACUUUGUUGAGGAAGUUGUCAAUAACUUUGAUGAAUAUGAACUUUACAGGACAUGGGUUAAGGUAAUAGCUAGAAGGAAUACACGUGAACGUAGUAACAGACUGGAGAAUAUGUGCUGGCGCAUUUGGCAUCUGGCUCGCAAAAAGAAACAGAUUGCAUUGGAUGAUGCUCAAAAGCUUGCAAGAAGGCGCAUUGAUCGUGAACAAGGUCGUAAUGAUGCUGAGAAUGACCUUUCUGAGCUCUCGGAAGGUGAAAAAGAAAAAGGAGAUGCCAAUUCUUCAGAAACUGUCAAAGAUAAUAUUUCGAGAUCUGAAAUGCUACUUUGGUCUGAGGAAAAUAAAUCUAGGCACCUUUACAUUGUCCUAAUCAGUAUUCAUGGUUUGGUACGAGGAGAAAAUAUGGAACUUGGGAGAGAUUCAGAUACUGGUGGUCAGGUCAAAUAUGUAGUAGAACUUGCUCGUGCUCUAGCCAACACAAAUGGAAUUUACCGAGUUGAUCUAUUGACUAGACAAAUUGCUUCACCAGAAGUAGAUUCCAGCUAUGGAGAGCCUAUAGAGAUGUUGUCAUGCCCCUCUGAUGGCAGUGAUUGUGGUGGAGCAUAUAUUAUUCGUCUUCCAUGUGGACCUCGUGAUAAGUACAUACCAAAAGAAUCACUUUGGCCUCACAUACCUGAAUUUGUGGAUUGUGCUCUAAACCACAUUGUUAACAUGGCAAGAGCUUUAGGUGAGCAAGUGAAUAAUGGGAAGCCAACAUGGCCUUAUGUUAUUCAUGGCCACUAUGCUGAUGCUGCUGAAGUAGCAGCUGACUUAUCAGGUGCAUUGAAUGUGCCAAUGGUGCUAACAGGGCACUCAUUAGGAAGGAACAAGUUUGAACAGUUGUUGAAGCAAGGGAGGCUCUCUAGGGAGGCCAUAAAUGAAACCUACAAGAUUAUGAGGAGGAUUGAGGCUGAGGAGUUUGGCCUUGAUGCUGCUGAAAUGGUUGUUACUAGCACAAAGCAAGAGAUUGAAGAGCAAUGGGGAUUGUAUGAUGGCUUUGAUCUCAAGUUGGAGAGGAAGCUUAGGGUUAGGAGAAGACGUGGAGUGAGUUGCCGUGGAAGACACAUGCCAAGGAUGGUGGUCAUUCCACCUGGCAUGGACUUCAGCUAUGUUACAAUACAACAGUCAAUGGAAGGUGAGGGAGACCUCAAGUCACUGAUUGGAUCGGAUAGAGCUCAUAGCAAAAGGAACUUACCUCCAAUUUGGUCUGAGAUAAUGCGAUUUUUCAGAAAUCCUCACAAACCAACAAUACUAGCAUUGUCACGCCCUGACCCUAAGAAAAAUGUCAUGACUUUGCUAAAGGCUUUUGGGGAAUGCCAGGCCCUAAGGGAACUGGCUAACUUGACCCUCAUACUUGGAAAUAGAGAUGACAUUGAAGAAAUGCAUGACAGUAGCUCUGCUGUUCUUACCAUGGUGCUCAAGCUCAUUGACAAGUAUGAUUUGUACGGUCAAGUGGCCUUUCCUAAGCAUCAUAAGCAAUCUGAUGUUCCAGAGAUAUAUCGUCUGGCUGCAAAAACUAAGGGAGUUUUCAUCAACCCAGCCCUGGUGGAACCAUUUGGUCUCACACUCAUUGAGGCAGCAGCUUAUGGUUUACCUGUUGUAGCAACAAAAAAUGGAGGGCCAGUGGAUAUUCUGAAGGCACUCAACAAUGGACUCUUGAUUGAUCCACAUGACCAGAAAGCCAUAGCAGAUGCACUACUAAAGCUUGUUGCAGACAAGACUCUCUGGCUAGAAUGCCGCAAAAAUGGCUUAAAAAACAUCCAUCGUUUUUCAUGGCCUGAACACUGCCGCAACUACCUCUCCCAUAUUGAACAUUGCAAGAACCGCCACGCCACCUCCCGCUUGGAAAUUGCACCAAUUGCUGAUGAACCAAUAAGUGACUCAUUAAGAGAUGUAGAAGACCUUUCUUUCAGAUUCUCCACAGAAGGAGACUCCAAGUUGAAUGGAGAGAUGGACCCUGCAGCAAGACAGAAGGAAAUUAUUGAAGCAAUUACGCGCAGGGUCUCCUCUACUCGCAAUUCUAAUGCCAGUUACUUUCCUGGUAGAAGGCAAAGGCUUGUUGUAAUAGCUGCAGAUUGUUAUGAUAGUGAUGGAAAUAUAGCAAAGGCCUUUCAGGCAAUUAUCCAGAAUGUGAUGAAAGCUGCAAGACCAGGCAUCAGCACAGGAAGGGUUGGUGUUGUAUUGCUAACUGGUUUGAGUUUACAAGAGACUAUUGAAGCAUUGAGCAGCUUCCAAGCAAACAUAGAAGAAUUUGAUGCUCUUGUUUGUAACAGUGGAAGUGAAAUGUACUAUCCAUGGAAAGACUUAAUGGCUGAUGUUGAUUAUGAAGCCCAUGUCCAAUAUGCAUGGCCUGGUGAGAACAUUAGAUCAAUGGUAACUAGGCUUGCUAUAAUUGAAGGUGGAGAGGAGAAUGACAUUGUAGAAUAUGUCACUGCUUGCAGUUCAAGGUGCUACUCCUAUAGUGUGAAACCAGAAGCCAUGAUUAGGAAGAUUAAUGAUCUUCGCCAAAGGCUACGAAUGAGAGGCUUUCGCUGUAACCUUGUCUAUACACAUGCAGGAUUGAGAUUAAAUGUGAUACCAUUAUUUGCUUCAAGAAAACAAGCACUGAGGUAUCUUUCAGUUAAGUGGGGAAUUGAUCUCUCCAAAGUUGUUGUAUUUGUGGGAGAAAAAGGCGAUACAGAUUAUGAAGAACUCGUGGCUGGUAUCCAGAAGACUCUUGUCUUAAAAGGAGCUGUUGAAUAUGGCAGUGAAAGGCUUCUCCGUAAUGAAGACAGUUUCAAAAGAGAAGAUGUGUUCUCCCAAGAUAGCCCCAACAUUAUCUAUGCAGAGAAGAGCUUUGAGGAUUGUGACAUAUCUUCAAUUCUGGAGCAUCUCAAAGUAUCAUGAUUUCUAUUUUGCUCACUGUUUCUAAUGUCAUUAUCCAUGAACUUAGAAAUAACUAUAAGCCAAUAGUAAAUAUACCACAAACUAGAAUGUAUACUCCCCAACUUUGAUAAUAUAUAACAAAUACAUCUCUAACAUGAUUUUUCACUCCAAGAUUCUAUAGAAACAGAAAGGUAGAUGUAUCUGCAAUCUGCAUUAUACAAAAUUUCAUUAGCUCUAUGUCAAUAAUAAUCUCGU